GCUAAAUUGCCAAUCCAUUAAGCGAGGGUAAUUUGCACGGUUUCCCAAAUUCUUGGAUGUCGCUUAAUAAAGGCAUUGAGUUAGUCACCCGCGCAACGGCAGAAGAUAAGGCGAAAAAUUAUGCGGAAGCUCUCAGAUUGUACGAACAUGCGAUUGAAUAUUUCAUUCAUGCCAUCAAAUAUGAGGCUCCGAGUGAUCGGGCUAAAGAAUCGAUCCAGUCUAGUUGUGCGCGGUACCUUGACAGGGCGGAGCAAAUAAAGAAAUACAUGGCCUCAAAGGCUCGUGAAAAAAGUGAGGCAAACUCUGGUGGUACAAGAGAAAAAAAAAGAGAUGAUUCAGAUAAAGAAGACGGUGAAAGCUCACGUUUUCAAAUGCAGUUGCAAGGAGCGAUAGUGACGGAAAAACCUAAUAUCAGGUGGAGUGAUGUCAUUGGGUUACAGUCAGCAAAAGAAGCCUUAAAAGAAGCAGUAAUUUUACCUAUAAAAUUCCCACAUUUGUUCACUGGAAAGCGUACUCCUUGGAGAGGGAUUCUCUUAUACGGACCACCUGGAACUGGUAAAUCAUAUUUAGCGAAAGCUGUUGCAACCGAAGCAAACAAUUCAACAUUUUUGUCUGUUUCAAGCUCAGAUUUGGUUAGCAAAUGGCUCGGUGAAUCUGAGAAACUAGUGAGAUCACUUUUUGCAAUGGCUAGAGAACAGAAACCGAGCAUAAUCUUCAUUGAUGAGGUUGAUUCACUAUGUGGGUCACGAAACGACAACGAGUCCGAGUCUACGAGGCGAAUCAAAACUGAAUUUUUAGUUCAAAUGCAAGGUGUUUCUUCGAAUAAUGAUAACGUCUUGGUAUUGGCAGCUACUAAUACCCCUUGGACUUUGGAUCCGGCUAUACGUCGUCGUUUUGAAAAGCGUAUAUAUAUUCCCCUUCCUGAAACAAACGAACGUGUUAGUAUGUUCAAAGCGAAUCUGGAAAACAUAUAUCAUGAUCUUACGGAAAAAGAUUUUAUUGAACUUGGAACAAUGACCACGGGUUAUUCGGGUGCAGACAUAUCAGUCGUUGUUCGGGAUGCUUUAAUGAUGCCCGUUCGAAAGGUCCAAUUAUCAACACAUUUUAGAUAUGUUAGUGGUCCUUGUCCUACUAACCCUUCAAAAAUUGUCGAUGAUCUUUUAAUGCCAUGCUCCCCAGGAUUUUUUCAGGCAAUAGAAAUGAAUUGGCAAAGUGUCCCGAGUAAUAAACUUAGAGAACCCCCAGUUUCUAUGAGUGAUAUGUUGAGUUCAUUGGAACGAAACAAGCCAACUGUAAACGCUGAAGACUUAGCUAAACAUCGUAAAUUUACAGAUGAAUUUGGACAAGAAGGUUCUUGACUUUUCUUAAAGAAACGUCCAAUUAUUCAACUUCUUUCUUUAAAUAAAUUUUCGAAAUUCAUGUUUACUACAUUUUUGAUUUGCUUCCUUUCUUCCAACAGCAGAAAAACCUAAUUACUCGACUGAUAUAUAUAUAUAUAUAUAUAUAUAUAUAUAUUUAUAUA